AUGAGUACACUUAGCGAAUCAAUUAGCGGGGUCCCCGUUGAUUCGCCUGACGUCGCCUCUGCGAUAUCCAUAUAUGGGGUUCCUUCUUCAACCAGAUUUAAUUUGGAUAAUGAAGACCUUGAUGAACAGCGGUGUUUAUUCGAUGUUAGUUAUAGUACUGAUAAUCUGUCCACAGUGGCAAUGUAUGAGUUAGAUCCGGGAACAUUGGAUGACCAUGUACAUAGUAAAGUAUACAUAGACAAGGACUCACUUGUCUCUCGUUCUCCUUCCAGAAAUUCUACAACUUCAGUCGUUGCUACUAAAGAUGGUAUUGAAGGACGCCAUAUCAAGAGGAACAAGAAAAUUGAAAAGAAAAUGUCUAAUGGAAACAAUAUGAUGAUGACUCCAUAUUCAUUAAAUUUGCUGUCAACAUUUGAUAAGAAAGAUAGAUUAAAAGUGACCUCUGAUACUUCAUCAGUUACUUCCUCGUUGCGUAACAAUUUUAUUGAUAGUGGUUAUUCUCCGAGAUGUCAUAGCCCUUUAUCUCAGGUUGAUUCUACUAUGUUAUAUCCAGAUUCACCUAAUUAUCCUCCAUUAACACUCAAGGAAAAGAUGCAUUUAUUAAGUCAUGAUUAUAUUGCCUCUGCAGGUCAGAGGGAUAGACUGAAAGUUAUAGAAAAGAACAAGAAUCAUUCUACGGGUUCAUUCACAUCAGAUGAAUCAGGGUUAGACUCAAACUCUAAUAUUCAUAUGGAUUUUCAUAGCUUAGGGCCAGGACGUAAAAAUUCAGUUAAACAGGAGCCGAGUCUACGCUAUAACUUCAGAGAUGAUAUAAACAGUUGUGGAAGCACUGUAGAUGAUAAGUCAACUUAUGAUGAUAAUUUCGCUGGACUACCAAAAGCUGAAAAUUUUGAUUAA